CCUUGCACCCAGUGGCGUCCGUCAGUCCGCCUGGUUGCAUCCUCUCUCCGGGUUCCUGCCCUGAGCCAGCUCCUUCUCCUACAUUCCGUAGCAAGAUCCUCAAGCCAUGGCUGGUCCUUUCUCCCGUCUGCUGUCCACCCGCCCUGGGCUCAGGCUCCUGGCUUUGGCUGGAGCUGGGUCUCUAGCUGCUGGAUUUCUGCUCCGCCCGGAACCUGUACGAGCCGCCAGUGAACGUCGGAGGCUGUAUCCCCCAAGUCUUUCCCCUCCCCCAUUCUUAAUGUUGUGCUCAUGGGGUGGAAGAAUUGAGCAGAUCUGGGGGGACUGAGCUGGCCAGCCAGAGGAAGAAAUAGAUCCUGAAGCUCCCUAAUGAGAUUACCAAGGUUUAGCUUCCCUAUAAUCCCCCCUCCUCCCAAGGAGCACAGCCAGACACAGCUAACUGGACAGCUCCUAGCUGACUGCACUGGGUCUUGGCCACCUGUGCUCUCCCUCCAUGGUUACUGGGUACCCCCUCCCUAGUGCUGAGUACCCAGACCUCCGAAAGCACAACAACUGCAUGGCCAGUCACCUGACCCCAGCAGUCUAUGCCCGGCUCUGCGACAAGACCACACCCACUGGUUGGACGCUAGAUCAGUGUAUCCAGACUGGCGUGGACAACCCCGGCCACCCUUUCAUCAAGACUGUGGGCAUGGUAGCUGGAGAUGAGGAGACCUAUGAGGUAUUUGCUGAGCUGUUUGACCCUGUUAUCCAAGAGCGACACAAUGGAUAUGACCCCCGGGCAAUGAAACACACCACUGACCUGGAUGCCAGCAAGAGUCAGAACUGGCCGAAGUAUCCGGGGACUCAGUUUGCCUCCAGCUUGCACUCGGGCAGAGCGGCGAGAGGUGGAACGUGUUGUGGUGGACGCACUAAGUGGCCUGAAGGGUGACCUGGCUGGUCGUUACUAUCGACUCAGUGAAAUGACAGAGGCUGAACAGCAGCAGCUUAUUGAUGACCACUUCCUAUUUGAUAAGCCUGUAUCUCCCUUGCUGACUGCUGCAGGAAUGGCUCGAGACUGGCCAGAUGCUCGUGGGAUCUGGCACAAUAAUGAGAAGAGCUUCUUGAUCUGGGUGAAUGAGGAGGAUCAUACACGGGUCAUUUCCAUGGAGAAGGGUGGCAAUAUGAAGAAAGUGUUUGAAAGAUUCUGCCGCGGCCUCAAAGAGGUGGAAAGGCUGAUCCAGGAGCGUGGCUGGGAGUUCAUGUGGAAUGAGCGUUUGGGAUACAUCUUGACCUGUCCAUCUAACCUGGGCACUGGACUACGAGCAGGAGUACACAUCAAACUGCCCCUGCUAAGCAAAGAUAGCCGCUUCCCAAAGAUCCUGGAGAACCUAAGACUCCAAAAGCGUGGUACUGGAGGAGUGGACACAGCUGCCACAGGCAGCAUCUUUGACAUCUCUAAUUUGGACCGACUGGGCAAGUCAGAGGUGGAGCUGGUGCAACUGGUCAUCGAUGGAGUAAACUAUUUGAUUGACUGUGAACGGCGUCUGGAGAGAGGCCAGGAUAUCCGCAUCCCUCCACCUCUCAUCCACAACAAGCAUUAACUCCCCAUCCUCAGCAGAUGACUCAAGAUCUCCAGGACUUCUGCCCAUUCUAAUGGUGGUCCAUUCUACCUGCCCUGGAUGUCCCCCACCUCCCAGUAAAGACACCUUGCUAUGCU